AUGCCGCCAGCCACUCUGUCUUCAAUCAAUAUCACCAUCCUCGGCAGCGCAUCCGCUCAACCGUCGUCUACCCGCAACCACUCCGCCCUCGCUCUACGUCUCGGCGGAGAUGUCUGGCUCUUCGACUGCGGCGAGGCCACUCAACACCGUGUCCAGAAGAGCACCGUCAAGAUGGGCAGGACACAGAAAAUUUUCAUCACGCAUACACAUGGGGACCACAUAUUUGGCCUGUUACCUCUGCUAGCGAGCCGUCUUGACGGUGCUGGUGGGGUGGUCGACGCCGACGAUCCCAGAACAAAAGCCGAAAGUCGACAAGCUGUCCCACCUCUAGAGAUCUACGGCCCGCUUGGUACUCGUGCCUACAUCCGGAGUGGGCUCACUUACACCCAUACCCUGCUGGGAGCACCUUACGUCGUGCAUGAACUACGCUUUACUUCUGACCCUCCACUGGAUCCCACUGCCCUUCCUCCGCACUCAUUCGAGCUCCCCGGAAGGGACAUACAGCAAGUCGACGGCGUUUGGCCAGAAAUAUACAGGGACGACCUGGUCACAGUUUCUGCUGCGCCAAUCAUGCACUCCGUCCCCUGCGUUGGCUAUGUCGUCACCGAGCUUCCAGUCCCCGGCAAGAUGGAUCCCAAGUUGUACAUCCCUCACCUCAAGCGCACGAAAAUGCCGAUGUCCCUCAUGAGCAGAUUGCAGCAAGGGGAAAGCGUCGAGCUAUCUGACGGCACCGUGCUGCGCGGUCCCUCGCGAAGACCUGGUCGCAAGCUUGUCAUUCUGGGCGACACGUAUGAUCCCUCCCCUAUAGCCGACCUUGCCGCGGAUGCGGACAUCCUGGUGCACGAGGCUACAAAUUCGCACCUUCCUGGUGUCGACCCGGAGACGAAGGCAGAAGACACUCACGCCAGCGUAGAGGCGCGGGCGAAAUCGCGAGGUCACUCGACCCCACAGAUGGCAGGCAGAUUCGCGAGACGGAUACGUGCUCGCAAGCUGCUGUUGAACCAUUUCUCCGCUCGAUAUGCAGGGAACGACGACGUGGACGAGCAAGCUAGGAGCAUUAUGGAAGCUAUCAAGGCGUUAGCCGUCAGUGAGUUCGACGGGGAGGUUGUAUGCGCCAGAGACUUCAUGAGCUUCGAUGUUGAAUUGCGACAAGAAGGAUAG